GAAGAAGAAGAAGAAGAAGAAGAAGAAGAAGUUGUCCCGUGCCUGGAGUGGCCCUGAGUUCAAGUAAGAUCAUUAUAUGAAAAACAGAAACACUGACUGAAGGAUUGUGUCCUCGGAACAGACAUCAAAUCAUCUCUAGAUCUCAGACGAGUAUUUUCUGGCACUGACACACUUCCUGCUCAAGUUUGCCCCGCCCAUUUUCUAGAGAGAGAGAGACACCCGUCCAGGGCCAGUGGAGUAACCAGCAGUCAUGUCGUACGGAAGAACAGAGCGCGUCCCACCAAAGGACUUCAGCAGUCUCAUCCAAAUGUGCAGCUCCAACAUUCAAAAGAUCACCCAGAAUACGGCUCAAAUCAAGAGCAUGGUAAACCAACUUGGAACAAAACAAGACACCAGUGACCUGCGGGAAAGACUUCAGCAGGUGCAACACUACACAAAUCAGCUGGCCAAGGAGACCAACAAACACCUGAAAGACCUCGGCUCACUCUCUCUACCCUUCGCCCUGUCUGAACAGAGACAGCAGAAGAUCCAGAAGGACCGGCUGAUGAACGAUUUCUCUGCUGCUCUCAACAACUUCCAGGCGGUGCAGCGUCGAGCCGCAGAGAAAGAGAAAGAGUCUGUGGCCAGAGCUCGAGCAGGGUCUCGCCUCUCAGCUGAAGAUGGAGGUCAUGAUGAGCAGCUGGUGUCCCUUGAUAAUAAUGAUGAUUGGGGGAAGAUGACCACACAGACAGAAGAUAUGGCCAUAACAGAAGAAGAUCUGGAGCUCAUUAAAGAAAGAGAAACUGCCAUUCAACAACUUGAGUCAGACAUUUUGGAUGUGAAUCAGAUUUUCAAGGAUCUUGCUGUGAUGAUCCACGAUCAGGGUGAAAUGAUAGACAGCAUAGAGGCUAAUGUGGAGAGUGCAGAGGUGCAUGUGGAGAGAGGAGCAGAGCAGCUCCAGAGAGCAGCUCACUAUCAGCAAAAGUCCCGUAAGAAGAUGUGCAUCCUGGCACUGGGCCUCUCCCUAUUGCUCGUCAUCAUCGGCAUCAUCAUCUGGCAAGCCUCCAAGUGAAGAACCUUCCUCAAAACGCCCUUCUUUCACUUUAUUUAAUUUAUUUUCUCGCUUACAAACCCAGUGCCAUCCACUUGGGGAGGAAGAUCAGAGGCUCUCACAGCACCUGUAGAUCUGUCAGUGUAAGUUUGCAGGGGUAGAUGCAGUAUGAUGUGGCUAAACAGAAUGUAACAUUCCUCAGUCCCUUCCCCCAUGACCUUUAAUUCAGAAUGAAAGAGGAUGAGCUCGCGAAUGGGCGGGAAAAAAUAAUUAAGUAAUCUAAGAUUUGAUUUUGAUUCUUGUGGUGUAUUUGUGGCAUUAACACUACAUUUCGAAGUAAAAGCAGGUUAUUUCAUGUUGAUAAGUUCAUUGUACAGAGAUAAGGUGUAAAAAUGGCACUUUGAUGGGUGGAAGCUUUUUUUCUUACAUCUUAUUGUAAUAUAAUUUUGGCUUUGGGGAGAUGUCUUGUGAACUGUACAUUUCAGCUCCUUUAAAGUUUUCAAGUUUGCCACACUCCAAUAAGUUAAAGAUAAAAUGCUUAGAUGAGCUGCAAAAUCAGUCGCACAUUUUCAACUUGACAACAUUUGUUGUUGAUACCGUAUAACAGCAGACCAGUGGUAAAAUAUGAAGCAGCAAUGAUACCUAAUGCACAAGCUCAAUUUUAAACAUCUCUAAACAGAUUCAUUACUGUUUGCUUAUCCCUUACAUGUUGUUAACUCAUGUUUAUUAUAUAGGUCUAUUAUAUGGUGAUCAUAUUGCUGUAAAUGUGUUGUAUAAGAACUUGUAAUCAAUAUGACUGAAACAGAUUUGAAUAUUACAACAUGAAAAAUCUGCACAAUGCAUUAAAAUGAUGUAAAAAGAA